CUGCCGUCAAACAGCAAGUCCACUGAUUUCCGCUGGAUACAUCUCCCCGCGAACAACAUGGCAUGGGUUGAAGCCCUGCUAACCAAGGCGUUUAUCGAAGAAGGUGCACAUGAUGUGGAUAGUUUCAAAGGGCUAGAGAGGUCAUUCAAUUACCAGCAUCGUGGCCAGAAAAUGCAUUCAAACUAUAUGCGCCCACUCUGCCAGAGCACACAUAGGGCACCAAGGACCCGAUAUGAAGGCCGUGCUGACAGUGCAGGGGAGACAGAGGUGGAAACUCGGUCACCGCAGAUAUUAAUCAAUGGCCUGUCAAAAGACCCGCCACUGCCGCCGCUGCCGUUGCCAUCACCGAAGGUAGAUGGCGGAGGUAAAGCCAAGAAGCAAAAGUCAGGAGGAAAGAUGGAGCGGCUGGAUUCGUAUUCUCAGGAUGACAGCCCAAGCAGCUCGCAGGGCAAGAAAGGCAAGAAAGGAGGAACACAGACGCCCAAAGGGGGCCAGCCCAAGUCUCCGUCUAUACGACGAGACAAGUCUCCAAACCCCCUAAGUUUCUGCAGGGACAAAAGUGACAAACCGGCACCGCUGGAAAGCAACGUCUGCUACUUUAUGCCAUACCUGCAUUUCGAGACGGCUGAACGACGGGAGAAGAUGCAAGAGGCGAUCCAGGAAACGCAGAAGGUCCAGACGCCUCCGCAGGGCAUUGAGAGAAAACCCACACGCGACGAGUUGCUCCUUCGUGCCCAUCUCACAUCAUCGACAACGUCCCUCCAUAUUCGACGCACGCUGGACCAGUUCUUCUAUCCUAAUAUCGACACGCAGUCGCGCGACCAGGAUCAGGUCGUGUACAGAUACCAGACCAAGGGGUCUCGCACCCCAGAGCCAAAGAUCUUCAUGGUUGACCAGCUUUGGAUGUGGAUUCUGGGGCCGAGUUUAAUUGUCACAAGCUUUCCUCAACGAUGGGACCAGCCCAAGAACGACCCGUUGAACGUGCUGGACGGGAUCAUCGAAGAUAUCAAUUCCAAGACCCGCGAGCCCGUGCGCUCCAUUUACGAUCUGGCCAUUAUUAUCACCAACCGUUGCUCAGGAGUGUUUGAUCGGCACCGAAUGGGCGAUGACGAGUACCAGUUUCUCGACAUGUUCGAAUCGUCCAUCGGCAUCGCGACAGACCGCGAGAGUCUGCUCUUCCAGCAAUUCAACCGGGCCUCAGCACAGGCGUCGGAUUGGCUCAAAAACCACCGGAAGCUCAGCCGAUUUGCGCGGCGGAAAGAAAAGGACGUGGCCAAGAAUUUAAACAAAGAGGAGAAAAAGAAGAAAAAGAACGAUGAUGAACUGGAUGAUGAGCCGCUGUUUGUCGAUAAUUUGCUAGACAUUGGCCAGGAAACAGACCUCCUUGCCGAAGCGAAGGAUAUACGUGAUGAGCUCAACAUGAUCCGGAUGGUCCUUCAGCACCAGCAACACGUCCUUGUUGACUUCCAGGAAGUGGUAUGCGAGAUAUAUCUCAGCCAUGGGUUCGCGCAGCGGGAUAUUAAAAAGCGGUUCGGAGAGCAGCAACGGACAAUCGAUAUGCACUUGAAGGAUAUCGACCGCAUGGACAAGCAGGCUGAACGCAUCUACUCGUCCAUCACCGACCUUCUUGACCUAAAGCAAAAGCAUGCCAAUGCGUUCGAGGCCCGAUUUGCUCGCGAUCAGGCAGCUGGCACGACGCGGCAGGGCAAGAUUCUCAUGGUUUUCACGAUCGUGACCAUUGUGUUCCUCCCGCUGUCUUUCAUCACAUCAGUUUUCACCAUCAACAUGCCUGAGUUUGAGAAUAACUUGACGCUCGGAUACGUGGCCAAAUACACCUUUGGAGUCGGCUUUGGGAUCUCGAUUCCACUGGUGCUGUUGGCUUUGGUGCUCGAUGACAUUGGAGAUGUUUUCCAGGAAGGACUGCGGCGGGCUCGAGGAUGGAUUAGAAAAAGCCAGCAUAGAAAAGAUCAACUGUACUCUGAGAUCGCCGAGCGUAAACAGGCCCAGCUGUGGGAGCGUAUCCCCCAGGAAUGGCGCCUUUCUCCCUCUCUGGUCCCUGCGGGGAUGCACUCCCCCGCGGAGUCUGUUGCCAACGUCCAGUACGACCGGGUCAAUGUGAUGGACAUUCCUCGAUCAUGCGGUCUGCUAUCCGCCAGGCAAAUUGAAAUCACUGAGAACUGGGACAUCAAAGGUCUGCUGGGUCAAAUCCACUGCCAAACGCUCACCGCAAGGGAAGUCAUCGAAGCUUUCUGCAAGAGAGCUGCCAUUGCUCACCAACUUACCCGAUGCCUGACCGAGCCGCUCUUCGAGUCCGCUCUUCAGCGAGCACAAGAGCUAGACGACCACCUCCGUCGCACGGGCACACCCAUCGGCCCUCUACACGGUCUGCCCGUCUCAGUCAAGGACUCCUUCAACAUCCGCGGCGUCGAUGCCAGCGUCGGCAUCGCCGCUCUCGCGCUUCGCCCAUGCGAGGUAGAUGCACCCCUCGUCUCCCUCCUCAAAUCCCUAGGCGCGAUCAUCAUCACCAAAACCAACGUCCCCCAAACCAUGGGCGCCUUGGACUCAGCAAACCACCUCUUCGGCCGCACUCUCAACCCGCGCAACCGCCAGCUCACAGUCGGCGGCUCCACUGGUGGCGAAGGCGCCCUCCUCGCUCUCCGUGGCUCCAUGAUCGGGUUCGGAACAGACAUCGGCGGCUCCAUCCGCGUCCCAGCCAUGUGUAAUGGCCUCUACGGCUUCAAACCAAGCAACGGCCGUGUCCCAUACGGCGGCCAAACAGACGGCCAGCCCAAAGCAAAGGGCCGCAUCUCAAUCCAAGCCGUCGCUGGACCCCUCGCCCACUCCAUGGCCGACAUCGACGCCGUAAUGGCCCACCUCAUUCCUAAAGCUCAGUGGUUCGGCGAAGACUGCAUCCCAGGCGCAUGGCCGUCACCUCUCUCAUCCUUCGGCAGGAACAGCAAUAGACCGAUAACAGUCGGUAUCCUCCCAUCGGACGGGCUAGUCGAGCCUCUACCCCCGGUAUCGAAGGUCCUCAAAGAAGUCGCCAACGCGCUCCGCCGCACCCCAGGCGUAAAUGUCGUCGAGAUCCCAGUCCCCAAGAUCCUCUCAAAAUGCCAAGCUAUUGCUGGCCGUCUCAUGGGCGUCGACGGCGGCGUCAACAUGAUGGACCUCCUCGAGAGCACAGGCGAGUCGCUCAUCCCAUGGCUCCAGACGCGCACGAAGCGCGGAAAACCGCUGCUCCUCUCGCAGCUCGCUGAGCUCCAAGCAACCCGGGGCGCUAUGGAACUCGAGCUACGUAAGAAAUUGUGGAUGCAGGGUGGUAAUGGGAACGAGCAGACGAUUGAUGCGAUCAUCCACCCCGUUGCGCCGCACCCGGUCCCCGAGCUGGAUCGGUAUAAUGCUGUUGGGUAUACAUCUAGUUUUGUGCUGCUGGAUUAUCCGGCUGGAUCGCUUCCUGUUCGGAAUUUCGUGGAGGCGGAUUUGGAGAAGGGAGUUGAGAUGGGCGAGAAGGCGAUUGGGAGUUGGGAUAAGGCUAAUCGGGAGCUUUGGAAUGAGAAAACGGUCGACCGGACGGUUUAUCUAAACUCACCGCUGAGUGUCCAGGUUGUGACGCCCAAGCAGCAUGACUAUGAGCUCUUUCAGGCGAUGGAGCUUAUUGAUCGAGCUAUCAGGACGGAUCGGCCAAAGCUGUAG